CUGAGGUAUCGAACCACCAAGCUAAGAUCCAUCGUCUCCGCAUCUCAAGUUCUGUGACGCCCACGCCCUCUUCUUCCCCAGCCAACGCCACCGCCGGCUACACUCGCCUCCAUCACCGGCCAGAGCUCGAGCUCCCAUCCCCACCAAAGCGUCGGCCGCGUCGUCAACAAUCCUCAUCCCUUUCCUGCCUCACUUCGACCCCCUUGUAUCCCCUCUUCCGGCGCGGAGAUCCAGCACGGGCGCCGCGUGCGGAGCCUGAUCCUCGACCUCCAGAGCGAGCACGGCACGGGGCACGAAGGAGGCGGAAAGCAGCUGGCGGAGUGAGAAGUUCAUGGCAGCAAUGAAUAGUGAUCUAGGUGGCUUAGCUGGUAGGCCUGCAAAUCCACAACCAAAUCAUUUUGAGAGUGCCUUGUAUGGUGCUGGACCUGGAUUGAUCCGUACCGGACUAGGAGCAUAUGGAGAGAAGUUUCUUGGUUCGAGUUCUGAGUUUAUGCAGAGCAAUAUUACUCAAUAUUUGUCCAACCCUCAAUACUACUUUCAAGUCAACAGCCAGUAUGUGAGGAACAAACUGAAGAUCAUCUUCUCCCCUUUCUUUCACAGGGGUCACUGGACAAGAAUAACCGAACCAGUAGGAGGAAGGCUAUCCUACAAGCCUCCAGUUCAGGAUAUCAAUGCACCAGACCUGUACAUCCCUCUGAUGGCGUUUGGCACCUACAUUGUCAUUGCUGGAUAUGCCUUGGGAGUUCUUGGAAGGUUUACCCCUGAGGCACUGAGCCUACAGUUCACAAGAGGUCUGCUUGGUUGGUUUCUGCAAGUCAUCCUCAUCAAAGGUCUGCUGUACUCCCUAGGAAAUGGCGAAGCACCAUUGCUGGACAUUGUGGCGUACGCUGGAUAUGGAUUUGCUGGCACGUCUCUUGCUAUGCUAGCCCGCAUCUUCUGGGGCUUCUCAUACUAUUUCAUUAUGCCGUGGUUCUGUAUCUGCACUGGGGUGUUCCUUGUGAAGACCAUGAAGAGGGUUCUUCUGGGUGGACCAAGGAGCUACGAGAGGCAUCCGAGCCGAAACCACUACUUCCUGCUCUUUCUCGCGGCUGUGCAGUUCCCCAUGCUGUUCUGGCUUGGUAACAUCAGCGGUUGGUCUUCAGUCUCACGGGUCAGCUGAUGUGCAGGAUAUAUAGACUUGUGGUUAACUUUUGCUGAUGAAACUUCAUAGUAGCUUACCUAAUGCCUAGGCCAUUUUAGGGGAAUCUGGUACAUCUAUCUCUGGAUAAACGGAUGAAAGCACAUGUAACUACCAGUUUUUGUUUUCUGUUGGAGGUGAACUAUGGUCACUUGGGAUAAGAGAUAGAUGAAUUGCUACCUGUGCGAUGGUUGUUUCAACUUCUUUUCCUUUCA